UGUACCUGUAGCCUUCUACUACGCCUCCAUUCCAACGAUAUACUUCAAUGAUGACCGGUGCUGGUCAGAGAUUGCAUCUUCUCUAGAAGCACCACUUCCUUGUUCUAAGCGACCCUUACCAGAGAUAGCUUUCUGAAGGUGGAUUAUCAAGGCAGCCCACAAUGGCACAGUUCCUAGCACUACAUGGCUUUAUCAUUGCCAUAUUGUGUGUGGUCGCUUGUUGUCGACUAUGCUCCCGAAAGAGAACUGGCUCAAGCCUUCCUCCAGGACCAAAACCACUUCCUAUCGUCGGCAAUCUCAUGGACCUACCUCCAAAAGGAGUGCCAGAGUUUCAGCACUGGCUCAAGCAUAGAGAAACUUACGGUCCGAUCAGCUCUAUCACGAUCAUGGGUCAGACACUCGUCAUUUGCCAUGACAAACAGGCCGCCCACGAUCUAAUGGAGAAGCGCUCAAAACUCUGCUCAGGACGGCCAAAGACGGAGUUCGCGAAUAACUUGUGCGGCUAUGGCGACUGGUUAGUAAUGCAGCAGGACAACGAUAAACUCCGCCGGUGUCGCAAGCUUGUGCAUCAGCAGCUAGGUACUAAGGCACUGGUGGCCGAGUUCUAUAACGUUCAAGAAGCGGAGGUGUGCCGAUUUUUAUUUCGGGUCUUGAAUCAACCUGAGAAUUUAAUCAAACACUUGAAAACCAAAACCAGCGCCAUGAUAUCGAAAAUCGUCUACGGAUAUACUAUCGAGCCAAACAAGGCUGACCCCUUGGUCGACUUGGUAGAUCUUAAUAUGGCUAACGCUCAACGUGCCACAAUACCGAUGGCAUGGUUGGUAGAUGCCAUUCCGGCCCUCAAUUAUCUGCCCACUGGAUUCCCAGGCACAGGAUUUAAAAAGACAGCGCGUCUCUUUAAUAAGAUCAAUCAGAUGGCAACAGAAGUUCCAUUCGCGUUCGUUCAGCGCCAGAUUGCGAUUGGUAGCCACCGGCCGUCGUUCGUAGCUAAUCUAGUCCAACAGGCCAAGGACGGUGAUGUAGGAGGUGCUAAUUUGGACCGCGAUAAGGACGACAUCAAAUGGACAGCUGCAAUGUUAUACAAUGGAGGGUUAGAUACUACAGUAGCACUAUUAAGUGGCUUUUUUUUAGCUUUGGUCAUGUUCCCUCAGGUGCAGUGCAAGGCGCAAGAGGAGAUUGACCGUGUAGUAGGUAUCGAGCGGCUCCCCGGAUUUCAAGACCGGGAUAAGCUUCCUUAUAUUGAAGCUGUUGUUAAAGAGGCAUUCCGGUGGUGGCCUUCUGCACCUUUAGGUUUUCCACAUGUAGUCUCAGAGGACACUACAUACAAAGGUCAUUUCAUACCAAAAGGAGCGACAUUAUUCCCGGGUAUAUGGUGGUUUUGCCAUGAUCCCGAAGUGUACGAGGAACCUACUGUCUUCAAUCCCGAUCGGUAUUUAGAGCCGCGCAACGAACCUAGCCCUUAUAACGAGAUAUUUGGUUACGGGCGUAGAGUCUGUCCUGGGCGGCAUUUAUCAGAUUCAAGCGUGUUCUUAACCAUUGCGCAAACUCUAGCGGUUUUUACUAUUCGCAAGGUUCUCGAUAAGGAGGGCAGGCAGACUGAGGUUAAGCUUGAGGCAACGCCUGGACUUAUAAACCUCCCGGUAGAGUUCCCAUACGAGAUCCUGCCAAGGAGCAUGAAUCAUGAGGAUCUUAUAAGGAGUUUGGAAGUCCAGCAGCCCUGGGAAGAGAGUGAUGCUGGUCUCCUCGAGGAUGUUAACCAGUGA